CGCGAUAUCUGCGAGCUUGCUGACAAAGUGAAGAAGGAUGGAUCUGGAUCUCACGUUCCUGCGCGUGAUCUUGGCGCACAUUCAGCGCCUGAGCGCCCCGCUGCUGCAGCUCUCGCCGCCAUCCGCCGCAUUCACUCGGGCCGCGCUUCCUGCAGCAUCAAGGAGGAGCAGAUCAGCAGUCAAGGCACCUGCUUCGGCAUCAGCAGCAGCAGCAGAGCAGCACUCACCUGCCGCCGAUGCUGUUCGGUGUGCAUCGUCUGCCGGCGAUGGGCGGAGGGAUUGUCACGCCAGCCAUCACCCUGUGGGUGCGUCGUUUCUGCUGCUGCCGUCGCUGUACUUCACUGUGCAGCUGCACAGGUGGCGGCAAGACCGGCUCAGGGGCACCAGUGUGCUCUGCCAGGUACGGCCGUCCGUUCGUCGUGGCAUCAAUCAGUGUGUGGUUGUGUUCAUGUGACUGACUGUGUGGUUGGCUUGGCUGUUGCUUGCUGGUGUGUUUGUGUGUGUGUUUGUGUGUGUGUUUGUGUGUGUGUUUGUGGUGUGUGUGUGUCAGGAGGAGCAGUCGGCGGAUGGGGUCUACCGCAAGGGCAUCAAUGUGGACUUCAUCCGAGAUAUCACCACCGGCAACAGGACCGACGACCAACAACGGUACGCAACGCAACGACACACGAACCCUGCAUGCUUCCGUGUCUGUGUGUGUGCAGAGAAGAUAAAGCCGAGGGCGAGAAGCAGCAGCCGCCGCAGCAACCGAAGCCCUCCCCUCCGCCAUCGCCGGCAGCAGCAGCAGCAGCAGCUGAUGAGAGCAGCAGGCAAGGCAAAGGCAAACCGACAUCGGAAGCCCCGCCAGCUCGGCCGCUGUCGAAGGACUCUGUCAGAAACGACGAAGCGCCCCCUGUGCAGGCAAGAGCGUGCUGGCGAUGUGAUCCGUGUAAAAGCUUGUAUAUCUCCUGGUGUGUGGUGUGUGUGCGCAGGUGUCUGCUCAUCUGGAUCCUUCCUCAGCGGCCUCUCAGAAGAUCGGGGCGUGCCAAUACGUCGCAAACAAAAAGAUCGAAGACCGACACGCUGUCAGCCAACACCCACCCGCACACCGCGCAGACAGACAGACCACACAAAUGCCGGCAGACUGUCUGUCUGUCUUGUCCACCCCUAUCUGCAGAUAAGUGAGGUUAAGGCUCACGGCCGGAAAUGUCUGCUCGUCACGGUGCUGGACGGACACGGCGGAUGGCAAAUCGGUCAGCAGCAUAUAAUGUGUGGACCCUGACCAGCCCAAACAAGCAGACAGCGUCGUUUGACCUUUCUGUUUGUCUCUCUCCCUCUCUGUCUCUCUCUCUCUCUCUCUCUGUGUGUGUGUGUGUGUGUGUCAGCUGACUAUGUGCAGCGUUACUUGGCGAGUUACAUCGAGAACCAGCUGCAGCACCACGGGGCGCUGCAGAUGCGGGAGGCGCUCCACAGCGCAUACGCUAUCAUGGUGAGUGAGGCGGUACGUGAUGGGUCGGUGCCACAGCACACACACAUAACACACGCGCCCAGCCAGCCAUCCAUGUGUGUGUGUGUGUCAGGACGAAGCUCUAUACGAGCUUGUUCGUGGAGGCUAUGCGCUGGGGUUCUCCAGAAAUGUCAAGGUGGGUGGGAACGUGACACACGCACAGGUGUGUAUUGUAUGUCUGUGGCCUUCUGUCUGUCUGUCUGUCUGUCUGUCUGUCUGUGCAGGUGGGUGCGUGUUCUUUGUCUGUGGUGGUGGACUAUCAGAGCAUUGCUGUCGCCAAUAUCGGCGACUGCAAAGCUGGUACGUUCGUUAAGUGCGGUGGCCACCCGGCAAGCUGCCCUGCCCCGCCCCCAUGUGUGUUGUCUGCCUCUUUGUUGGCUGCGUGUGUGUGUCAGUUUUGUGUCGGAAAGGCAGAGCGAUUCCCCUCAACUCCCAACACACGUUAGUACGGACGAUUGAGGGCACUCACGUCGUUUCGUCUGGUCAUGUCUCGUCAUCUGUCUCUGGCUUCUUGCUUGCUGCAGUGCCAACAGCCCGGCAGAGCAGAAGAGGCUGCGGGAGCUGCACCCUAAUGAGAAAGACGUGGUAGGUAUCUGUGUGUGUGUAGACAGAUGGCGGAUUUAAGAUUGAGUAAGGAAGUGUGAGCGUGUGUGUGUGUGUGUUCAGGUGGUGUGCAAGUCGACGGUAGACCAGCCGCGGGCCCCACAGUGGCCUUACCUGUGGGAGUACCCCCUCUGCAUGAUGGGCCUGCUCAAGGAAACGGUACGGUGGGGACACCGAAGGGUAUCCAUCCAUCCAUCUGUGUGUGUGCCAAUGGGUGUGUAUGAUAUGAGUAGGUUGGUUCCCGGUGCUACGUCAAGGGUCGUCUGCAGCCGACGAGGUCCUUCGGCGACUUCCACCUCAAACACGCCGAGUUCAAAGCUGACCUCGAGACCGGCAAGUGAGUCACUGAGUGAGUCCCCCAACGGCCCAUCCAAACGCACAGACAACGCGCCACACAAGUCAGUCAGUCAUGACCUCUGUCUGCUGUGUGUGUGUCGGCCGGUGUGUAACUUAGGGACUUCCUGCGUGACGCCCACACGUUCCCGUACAUCACGGCUGAGCCGCAGGUGGACCUCUACCCUCGCCACCACCAGGACGAGUUCAUCGUCAUGGGCAGCGACGGCGUCUGGGACUUCCUCACAGACGAAGAGGUAUCUAAGUGAGUGCGGUCGGUGUAUAUAUGUGUCUUCUGGCCGGCCCAGCUCAGCUGCGUACUGUACGUGUGUGUGUUCAGGGUGUGUCGAUCGUCCGCGAGUCGCUCAAGAGCGACCCCUCCCCCGAGACGGCUGCAAAAGCGUAAGUAACCAGACACACUAAGGGAACACCUGAUGUCCCUCUCUGUGUGUGUCUGCUUGUCCGCAGCAUCGUUCAUGCGGUGCUGCGCAAGGCGGCUGAGCGUGCGGCGUUGCCGCUCGAGGCGCUGCUGGCCAUCGAGCUGGGCCAGCGGCGGUCGUACCAUGACGACAUCACCGUGUGUGUGGUCCUGCUGACAUGAACCAAGGAACGGCUCGCUUGUGGGACUGACAAGGGGACUGUACAGAUCGCAUCGGGUGUAUGUGUGUGUGAGAGCGGUUUUUGGGAGAGAGAGAGAUGUGUGUGUGGGCUGCCUGGAUGUGUGUGCUGGCUCGAUGGAUGGAUGGAGAGGCUGAGAGAGAUUGGCCGCCGUGUCGGCGUCUGGAUGGUUGCAAUUGGUCAUGCAAACACUUCUUACUCGCACCGCAUCAAGCAGUCAAUGAAUGUCAC